GGUCGCUGAGGCAGGAACUGUACCAGCCCGGACUCCAGAGAGCUGGACCCUCCCGUCAGAUGACAGCCGCCAAGAUGGGGGCUCAGGCCCUGCGAUGGCCUCCCCUGCUGCUGGUGCUGCUCACAGUGCUGCUUGGCCAUUCCCCGGGAGCCACAGCCCAGACUCAGGUCUGCUCUGUGGACAAGACCUUCCUCCAAGUGCAGGAGAACGCAAAUAUCACGGAAGCCCUGGUGAACAUCUCCGUCCCAGAAGGCCAGCAGGUGACCCUCGGAUCCUCGUCCACCCCGUCCGCAUUUCGGAUCCUAGGAAACCAGCUCUUUCUCAGCGUGAUUCCUGAUUAUGAGGAGAAUACGAUGCUAGAAGCACACCUGGAGUGCAAGAGGGGGGACACCGUGGUGACGCAGCUGAGGGUGUUUGUGGUGGUGCUGGAUGUCAACGACAACGCCCCAGAGUUCCCCUUCACCACCAAGGAGCAGGACGUGCAGGAGGACACCAAAGUGAACUCUACGGUCAUCCCUGAGGCAGAACUACAGGCCACGGACCGUGACAAGGACAGCACCUUGUUCUACACGCUACAGGAAGUGAGCCCGGGCGCUGGCAGCUUCUUCUCCCUUUUGGGGGUGAACCGCCCUGCCCUGAGGCUGGACCGGGCCCUGGACUUCUACAAGUGGCAGAACAUGACCUUCCGGCUGCUGGUGCGGGACACGAGGGAGGAGCACCGGGAGCCCAGCCACACAGCCACGGCCACCCUGGUCCUGAAGGUGCUGCCGGCUGACCUGCGGCCACCCUGGUUCUUGCCCUGCUCCUACUCAGAUGGCGCCGUCUGCAUCCAGGCUCAGUACCAGGGGGCCAUCCCCACAGGACACACACUGCUGUCCCCCCUCAUCCUGCGUCCGGGGCCCAUCUAUGCUGUGGACGGAGAUCGAGGCAUCAACGAGCGGGUCAUCUACAGCAUUAUAGGGGGAAACAAGGACAACACAUUUGCCAUCGACCCAGACUCUGGCAACCUCACCAUGACCAAGAGUGUCCCCAGCCCCACGACAUUCCUGCUACUGGUCAAGGGUGAACAGGCUGAUGGGGCCCGUUACUCGGUGACCCAGGUCACUGUGGAGGCCCGCCAGGCCAACGGGAGCCAGCCCCACUUCUCCCAGAGCCUGUACCGAGGCACCGUGGCCCCUGGCUCUGGGUCUGGUGUGGCUGUCCAGGAUGCCGCCUCCCCCUCUCAGCCUCUGAGGAUCUGGGCUCAGGACCCUGAGUUCCCGGACUUGAACUCGGCCAUUACCUAUCAAAUCACCAACUGCUCCGAGUUCCGGAUGGCUGGAGAGAUGGUGCUGACUGCCACGGCAAUAGAGCAAGCAGGGGUCUUCUACGCAGAGGUGGAGGCCAAGAACACUGUGACUGCGGGUGUAGCCACCACUGUGGUUGAGAUUCGUGUUUCAGAGCCGGAGCCCCCCUCCACAGGCUCCCCAGAGCCCCCCACAUCCCCAGAGACCGGAAGAACAACUGGGCCCUGGAGCAGCACCACUUCGGAAGCCCCCAGGCCCCCUGGGACCUCUCAGGGACCCUCAACAACCAGCUCUGAGGGUGGCAGUGGCCCUCAUCCACCCCUAGGCACAACUCUGAGGCCACCUACCUCACCCACACCCGGGGGACCCCCCAGCCUGGGAGUGGGCACCUCAACCCGACCAGCCACGCCCGGUGGGGGCUCAGCACAGACCCAGAAGCCUGGGACCUCUGGGCCCACGGCUCCGGGUACAGGAGCAGGUACCUCCCCUCAACCAGCCACGCCCGGUGGGGGCUCAGCACAGACCUCAAAACCAACGACCACCCCCGAUGUGGGAGCAGGCCCGACACGACCCGCCACGCCUGGUGGGGGCUCAGCACAGACCCAGAAGCCUGGGACCUCUCGGCCCACGGUCCCUGGGCCCAGCAGGAGCCCCCCACCCUCAGGGAUGCCAGGAAGCAGCACAGGAGGAAGUGUCCCAGUACAGGAUGACCAGCACUUCUCCAUAGUGGACAUGGCAGUGCUGGGAGGGGUGCUGGGUGCACUGCUGUUGCUGGCCCUCCUGGGCCUGGCCAUCCUCAUUCACAAACACUAUGGUCACCAACUGAAUUGCUGCUCUGGCAAAGCUGCGGAGCCCCAGCCCCACGGCUUUGACAAUCAGGCCUUUCUGGGGGACCAGGAGGCCAACUGGGCACCUGCCCCUAGCCCCGGUUCGGGGCCCAAGUCUGUGGAGGUGCCACCGGAGCCGCCCAGCCCCAGGUCCCCUGCCCCUGAGCCUCCCAGCACCGAGUCCCGAGACCCAGGUCCCCUCGCCAGUGCCCCUGAGUCCCCGGUGGCCGCCAGGGCUGUGGACAGCCCCUCAGCAGUGAGAUCCAUCCUGACCAAGGAGCGCCGCCCCGAGGGCGGCUACAAGGCCGUGUGGUUCGGCGAGGACAUUGGGGCUGAGGCCGACGUGGUGGUCCUUAACGCACCCACCGCGGACGCGGACGGCGCGGGCGACUCUGGCAGCGAGGACAGCGGCGAAGAGGACGCUGGCCAGGGCUGGGGUCCCCGCGGCGCGCCCGCGCCCGAAGACGACUCCACCUACAUCUAGCUAGACCUCUCUGCUCGCCCGCAGCGGGCCUGGACCCGGGGUCCACUCGCCGCCCCACUUCUCUCGCAGAAUAAAAUUUCACUUUCGAAUCCCAGAA